CUAUAUAAACACCACUUUGAACUGGAGUAAGCAUUCUACUCGACCGAUCGACAUCGUAAACAUGAUUUCGAAACUGCUUGUGUGUUUGUUAUUAGGAGCAGUCAAUGCUGUCCCUCAGGGGUAUGGGGCCCCUCCCCCUCCAUCCUACAGCGCACCCGGUGGUCCCUCGGGUCCCGUGGUUCCUAUUCUCGUCGACGUUCGCGAGGGACCUGAUGCUGCUGGGGUCUACAACUUCAACUUCGAAACUGGGGAUGGCAUCAGCCGUCAUGAGCAAGGCGCCCCUCAGGGGCCCGAAGGAGCAGUGGCUGCCCAGGGAGGCUGGAGCUUCACCUUCCCCGACGGCACCCCGGGAGUCUUCAACUUCGUAGCUGAUGGCAGUGGGUACCGCGUCGAGUCUGACCUCCUGCCCACUCCCCACCCCCUCCCAGCCCACGCCAUCGCCCAGAUCGAAUUCGCUGCUCAGCAGGCCGCUGCUGAAGCUGCGGGAGGAGCCCGUCCUCAGUACAGUGCUCCACCUCCAGCUCCUAGUCAGGGCUACAGCUUUUAAGCCUGAGCUCUAUCCCAGCCAUUCUUGACUGAGGGAAUCGGCAUUAUUCUCUCGUGACCACUUUUUGUCCUAUGUAUAUGCUUAUUUAUAGUUCCUGUUGAUAUCUCGUUUGUAAAUAAAGGUUUACUACUUGAA